AUGCAGUAUGGUCUGCGGAUCUCGGUUGAACAGGCUCCGAAAAAGGCCAGGAAGUGCUUGCUGUCAGAACCCCCUGCCAAGGCGACAACCGGAUGGGGUUCAGUAGCGCAAAAAGGAUCAACGAGCGCGAUGGAUGAGAGAGGAAAAGAAGGGGAAAUAGUGGCGGGCGCGAGUGGUCAAAGAGAGGAGCUGAUCAACGAAGAGAUUCUAAUUCGAGGAUCUGCACCGGAACUAGAGGGUCAGGUACGUAGGCGUAGUGCCAGGCCGGGCAAUGGGUUUGGAAAGCAGCCUGAAGGGAGGCAGAGAGAAAGAGAGUGA